AUGACUGAACUCCCAUCUCUGUCCCCUGUGGGGUCCUUGGGGCUCCAAGUAAACAGUGGCCCCCAGAGCUCCCCAGAGGAGGUUCCUGCAGCAUUUUUAAGGCCUCGACACAGCCUGGGCAUUCUCCAUGCCUCCUACAGCGUCAGCCACCAGGUUGGGCCCUGGUGGGACUUCACAUCUUGCCGGCAGCAGUGGGACCGGCAGAUCCUCAAGGAUGUCUCCUUGUACGUCGAGAGUGGGCAGAUCAUGUGCAUCUUAGGGAGCUCAGGCUCGGGGAAAACCACGCUGCUAGAUGCCAUGUCUGGGAGGCUGAGACGCAAGGGGACCUUCCUUGGGGAGGUGUUCGUGAAUGGCCAGCUGCUGCACAGGGACCAAUUCCAGAACUGCUUCUCCUAUGUCCAGCAGAGUGACACGCUGCUGAGCAACCUGACCGUGCGGGAGACUCUGCGCUAUGCGGCACUGCUGGCUGUCCGCCGCUGCUCCCCAGGUUUCCUCCAGAAGAAGGUGGACGCAGUCAUGGUGGAGCUGAGCCUGAGCCACGUGGCAGAUCAACUGAUUGGCAAUUACAACCUUGGGGGAAUUUCCAGUGGUGAGCGGCGCCGGGUCUCCAUCGCAGCCCAGCUCCUCCAGGAUCCCAAGGUCAUGUUGUUUGAUGAGCCCACCACAGGCCUGGACUGCAUGACAGCCAAUCAGAUCGUCGUCGUCCUGGCAGAGCUGGCUCGCAAGGACCGCAUUGUGAUUAUCACCAUUCACCAACCACGUUCUGAGCUCUUCGAGCUCUUUGAUAAAAUCGCCAUUCUGAGCUACGGAGAGCUGGUUUUCUGUGGGACACCAGUGGAAAUGCUUGAUUUCUUCAAUGGCUGCAAUUACCCUUGUCCUGAACAUUCAAACCCUUUUGACUUUUAUAUGGACCUGACAUCAGUGGAUACCCAAAACAAAGAACGGGAAAUAGAAACCUACAGGAGAGUCCAGAUGAUUGAAUCUGCCUACAAAGAAUCAGCAAUUUAUCACAAAACCUUGGAGAAUAUUGAAAGAGCAAAACACUUGAAAACAUUGCCAGUGAUUCCUUUUAAAACCAAAGAUUCUCCUGGAGCUCUCUCUAAACUGAGUGUUCUCUUGAGGAGAGUGACCAGAAACUUACUGAGAAAUAAGCUGGCAGUGAUUAUGCGUCUUGUUCAGAAUCUGAUCAUGGGUUUGUUCGUCAUUUUCUACCUUCUGCGGGUCCAGAAUGAUGUGCUGAAGGGUGCUGUCCAGGAUCGCGUGGGUCUUCUAUACCAGUUUGUGGGUGCCACCCCAUACACAGGCAUGCUCAACGCUGUGAAUCUGUUUCCUGUGCUGCGAGCUGUCAGCGACCAGGAGAGCCAAGAUGGCCUGUACCAGAAGUGGCAGAUGCUGCUGGCCUAUGUGCUGCACGUCCUCCCCUUCAGUGUCAUUGCUACCAUGCUGUUCAGCAGUGUGUGCUACUGGACUCUGGGCUUAUAUCCUGAGGUUGCCAGAUUUGGGUAUUUCUCUGCUGCUCUCUUGGUUCCCCACUUAAUCGGUGAAUUUCUAAGUCUUGUGCUACUUGGUAUGGUCCAAAACCCAAAUGUGGUCAACAGCAUGGUGGCUCUGCUCUCUGCUGCUGGGAUAUUUGUGGGAUCUGGAUUAAUAAGAAACACAGAAGAAAUGUCCAUUCCUUUUAAAAUCCUCAGUUACUUAACAUUCCAGAAAUAUUGCUCUGAGAUUCUUAUAGUCAAUGAGUUUUAUGGACAGAAUUUCACUUGUGGCAGCUCAAAUCAUUCUGUGACAACUAAUCCAAUGUGUGUCUUCACUCAAGGAAUUCAGUUCAUUGAGAGAACCUGCCCGGGUGCAACAUCCAGAUUCAUGACAAACUUUCUGAUUUUGUAUGCCUUUAUCCCAGUUCUUGUCAUCCUAGGAAUAGUUGUUUUUAAAGUAAGGGAUCAUCUCAUUAGCAGAUAGUAAAGAACAUUGCUGCAAAAAUGGACCUGGAGCCCCCGAGGUGCAUGACUACUUGGAACAUCAAAGAUAAGAAAGCCACAUGUUUCUUGAUAAUACAUCUUAAGUCCUUUAACCAUUAAAACUCCAAUCUGUGCCCCUCAGAUUCACACAGGCCUUGAAUGAUAUUCCAACUUGCAGGGACAUGUGAUAUCUAGAGAUUGUGACUGAGCUGGUCCAAAUAUGUAAAUAGUAAUAAUUCAUAAAGUUAUAGGUGACUAGUGGGACUAUUUUUCUUUGUCCUAGAUGCAGAAAAGGUCAUCAGUUAAAAAUAUGCUUACAAACAAAAAAAAAUAUGCUUACAUUUGAUAUCAGAUUUGGUAAGAAGAAGAUAUUUGAAUGAUCACUGAAUGUAAGUAACAGAAAAGAGAACUGUGGGUUUGAUAAUUGCCAUCAUGCAGAAUUGGGUAGGAAUUCUUUCAUUAUCAUUUAAAAGUGCAUAUUUACGUUUACAUAUCCACAUGAGGGGGCUGAGUUGCUCAACCACAUUAAGAGGAUGUUAGGCAGACGCUGGAUGAUGAACACUCCUGAUACAGAGCACCUAGUGAAUUUUUGAGUGUUAAAAUGAAAAACUGUGGGAAUGGGCUGAACUGAGAACAUUGCAUACCAGAUAAAUCUCUGGUACUGUUUUAAAAGAGGAGUUUGCUAUUUUUCCACUUUUCACGUAGUUGAAAAGUGAAUGUUACUGAUAAAGUGUAUGCACUAAUGGCUAGAGUUGUUAAAGUCC